CGUGCCCAUGCCCCAACACGCCUCGGCUAUACGACGAGCGCGACAAACCACGCCCUAUCAUGCAACGGGACCUCAACUAGAUACCCUAACAUGAAGCGACCAACAUGCCUCGUCAACAUGCCUCGACCAAACGCCCCAAUGCAUAGCAGCUUGCUCACCUCACUUGCACCGACCUAUGCACCCACGUGCCAUACCCACCGCAAACUUAAACCCCCUUCCUCUUGUCAACGCACUUGCCUACGGCUAGCUCCUAUCGCCUCGGCGUGA